GUGCUUGAAACGACUGCUUGGCAUAAUCGUCAUUUUACUACAAAAUGCUGUCCAGGAUUCUAUUAGCUUUAGGAUCCCUAGCUCUGGUGGUCAGUGGUGCUGACGUAUAUUUGAGCUCAAGUAGCGACGAAAGUGCCACCUCAUGCUCAGGUAUGUGGAGCAGAAGCGCCAUUCCGGGAGGUACCGAUCCAUAUAUUAGAGUCGGUUUCGAAGAUCAGUCAGAAGGCGAUGUAGCCCUUCUGAUAUAUGAAUGGAGCGAUUUUGAUAAGAUCGGCGUUGUCGAUAACUCUACUGGAGAACUGAGAUACAUUUGCGAUAGUUCAGCGAUCGCCGACCACUUAUGUCCAUCAUCGGACCUCGGUGCCUUCAUCAUCAAUGUUCCAGAGAACGAGAGAAAUACCACCACUAUUUUAAAUCAAGCUGUUUCACUGAAGGUUAACGAAAGCGACGGCGCCAUAUACUCUAUCUCAAAAACUGGCUAUUAUUGCCUAGCUAUCGUCCCUGUCGAGAAUGCCAGCGGUACCUAUGGAAGUUUUGGAGCAUGGGUGGAAUGGAGAUUUCCAUAUGGCGAACUGCCGGCUGUUGAUUAUCCCAAGCUGAUAUUUUAUGGCGUCUUCUCGAUAAUAUACUUGAUUAUUGGAUUAUACUGGGCAGUCCAGACUUUCCGAUACUGGGGAGAUAUUCUUCCAGUGCAGAACUACAUAUCAGGUGUCAUUUUCUUCCUUGCAGUAGAGAUGGCAUUCAAUUGGGGAUAUUGGGAAUCGUAUAAUCAGACCGGAAAAACAUCAUGGGGACUUCUCAUUCUUGUUGCGCUUCUGAAUGCUGCACGUAAUAGUAUCUCCUUCUUUAUGCUACUAAUCGUAUGUAUGGGAUAUGGUGUGGUCAAACCAUCACUUGGUUCUACCAUGAAAAAAUGUGUCAUCCUUGCAGCUACACACUUCUUCUUCGGCGUCUUGUACGUCAUUGGAACUAUGCUGAUGCAACCCGAAGACCAUGGAUUCUUCAUUGUCUUCCUUGUUAUUUUCCCUUUGGCAACCACAAUGACAGCAUUCUACAUUUGGACGCUUAACUCAAUCAAUAGGACGUUGGUUAUCUUAGAUAUUCGAAAGCAGCAUGUGAAAGCGCAAAUGUACAAGCGCCUUUAUCGACUAUUGAUAUUCUCUGUCUGUAUGGUGGUCGUUGUCUUUGUCCUCAACAUCCUCAACUUCGGAACACGUUUGUCUCCGGAUUGGCCAGCCAAAAACUGGAAGCGCCGAUGGUUCAUGUUGGACGGCUGGCUAAACAUUUUGUACUUUAUUGUGUUCCUCGUCAUUGUUAUCUUGUGGCGACCAACUGAUAACAAUGCGCGAUACGGAUUGGAACAAUUGAGUCAAGACGAAGAUGAGGCUAUGGACCUUGAAAAUAAUUUACGUCGAGCUGAAGGCCUCGGCUAGGAGACGAAGAAAGCGAUGACGAAGGUGGUAAUCGCGUAAAGCUUGUGAGUGUUGGUGCAAGCAGUAGUCAACCAAAAGAGCCUCCGCGUCGAGAAUUAAUCCGUGGAGGAGAACAAAGCGGAUUACUUGAUGAAGACGAUCAAGACGAUGA